AUGACGAUGGAUUUUCUCUUCCAGAGCACGCACGAUUUCACCAACGAGAUUUUCGCCAGCCUCAAUGCUGCUUUCCUCAAAGUUCUUUCAGCGACAAUUCAGCAAAUCAAGCAACGAGAUACGCAGACAAUCAUUCUUUCCGCAUCCAUAUUCGGCGUUGUGACACUCAUUCUUUUCACGCUCAUCGUUGCUUGCUUUUUCUACGGAACACGAUGGUGCUGCUGCUGCUGCAAGAGCAAGAUUCCUUAUCGUACGGCAAAGGCUUCGAGAAUUCCAACUGCUCCGGCGAGAAAUAUCUUCCGACGAGGAUCGAUUCAAGUUUCCGAUUCUGACGAAGAAGCUGGCUUCACUCGCGAAUACAUUUCUACCACUAGACUUUUGCAACAAUCUUCUGAAAAUGUUUCUGAUUGA